AUGUCGCGAUUACAACAAAAGAGGAAGCAGCCGAAGCGUGAAGUGAAAGACAAACUGAUAUCGAACAUCCAAGAAGCCGCCCAGAACUAUCCGAAUCUCUUUUUGUUUUACAGUCCAGUGAUGAGGAAUAAUUUCAUGAAAGAGAUCCGCCACGACCGAGUCGAUGACUCCAUCUUUUUCUUUGGAUCAAACAAAGUGAUGCAAGUCGCUUUGGGCCGUACUGCUGACGACGAAGUGAAAGUUGGCGCACAUCUGAUUGCCGAAAUAUUAAAGGGCCAAUGCGGCUUGUGCUUCACUAAAUUAUCAAAGGAUGAGUUAAUGAAGUACUUCAAAACCCAAAAGAAAGAGGACUUUGCAAAAAGUGGGUUCACUGCACUGUCGGACUUUGUCGUCCCAGAAGGUCCUUUGCAAUUCCCGGGUUCAAUGGAAGUCGAGUUGAGAACACAACACUUGCCUGUUGAAUUGAAGGAUGGCGUAUUGUAUAACAAAGACGAGUACGUGGUGUGUAAAAAGGGCACACAACUCACCACACAGUCCGCUCAACUCCUUAAACACUUCGGCGUUAAAAUGGCUCAAUUCGAAAUUCACAUCGUCGCAUUCUUAGAAAACGGCAAUUUCGAAAAGAUCGAGGAAAUGCCACAGAACGCUGUGAUGCAGAUGGAAGAGGACGACUAA